GGAGGAGGUGGAGGCGGCGGUGAGGGCUUCAUGUCUCACGAGUCGCUUCCCUCUGCGGCGGCUAGCGGCGGGCGGGGAGGCUACCGACUGAGGGCAGAGCCGCUCACCGGGGACGGUGCGGUGACGGGCGCCUCCCGCCACACCCAGCGCCGCACAGCUACCUCACCCGCAUCUAUAGCAGCAGCCCCAGACCUAGUCCCCCCUAGCGCCUCCCCACACACACCCCCGCACCAGCCGCACCAGCAUCACUACGAGGCCUCCUCGCACCCGCACCCUCACCCGCACUCGCACCCUCACCCGCACCCUCACCCGCACCCGCACGCCCACCUGCACAGCGGCUUCCACACGCAGUCCCUGGCGGUGGAGGGCCGACCCGUGGGUCUGCGGAGAUUUGCGGAGUGGGUGCUGAAGUGGCUGGUGCGGGAGCCAGCCUUGCUCCGCAGCAAGGGCGUGCUGUGGGUGUCCGAGUGCCGCUCGCGACGCUUCACCUUCCACCUCAGCGGCCGGCGCCGAGUGGAGUGCAGUCUGGAGGGCCCCUGGGAGGGCCCGCCCCGCAGCUGCCUGGUGCUCAUAGGCAGCGAGGUGGCUGCCGUACGGCGACUGAGGCUCGUGUUUGAGGCGGAGGUGCUGCAGCAGCAGCAGCGGGGGGGC